AUGUCCCUUCAGAGGCGCAGAGUUAGUAAAAAGACUAGUGAAGCUAAUGUGGAAACAAGUCAAAGAAGUAAUAUCUAUGACGAUGGUGUAGAUUCCCAUAAGAUUGCAUACGAUCCAGAGGAUCAAAAAUUGCGUGAAAAUACAAAAGAACCUAAAUUGACUUUAAUGGAAGAGGUGCUACUUAUGGGAUUGAAAGAUAAAGAAGGUUACUUGUCAUUUUGGAACGACAAUAUAUCAUAUGCACUGCGUGGUUGUAUUCUGAUUGAGCUGGCAUUUAGAGGAAAGAUAAGAGUAGUGGAUGAUGCUUCCAGAAGACGUUUCGAUGUAUCAGGGAGGCUAGUCGAAGUGAUAGACAGUAGUAAGACUGGAGAAGCAUUACUUGAUGAAACUCUUACCUUGAUGAAGAACAAUGAGCCACUUUCCAUUGUUACAUGGAUUGAUUUGCUAAGUGGAGAAACCUGGAACUUAUUGAAGAUCAACUAUCAGUUGAAGCAAGCGCGGGAAAGACUUGCGAAAGGGUUGGUUGAUAAGGGUGUGCUAAGAACGGAGAUGAAAAACUUCUUCCUGUUUGACAUGGCCACCCAUCCUGUUGCUGAUACAAGCUGCAAAGAGUCAAUUAAACGACGUGUUCUUUCAGUUUUGGUGCCAAGGACCGUGGAAUUAAACUAUACAGAGUACUUUCCGGAAUGUGUUGCAUUCAAAUAUCUGAGAACCAUCGCUUUAAUUUGCGCAGCGUAUGGCGCCAGCGUACUAGAAAAUGUUCUUUCCACGUUAGACUACGAGAAGCGCGACCGUGGUUUUGCUCGUGCUGACGAGCUAUUGGCCCAGUUUUCACAGUAUCCUUUUGCAUUAGACAAGAAAGCAGAUACUGGUAUCUCUGUCAAUUUGAAUCAAGAGGUACAAGAGGAAAUCAACAACAAUCCAGGCACAAGUUUGCAGUUGGAAGUUGUUGCAGGCGCUUUGGAAGUAUUUUCUCGUAUGGAUAGCUUGCUCUAA